AUGGCGGAUAAAAUUAAUGGGUGUAAGUACAGUAAUUGGUCAAAAAUCAAAGACGGAAAACUUAUUGAUGCAUUGGUGAAUAUGGUCAAUGUUGGAGGAUAUAAAGCUAAUAAUGGCUUUAAAUCCGGAUACUUGCAACAUUUGGAACAAGCAUUGAAAGUGUCGCUUCCUAAUUCUAAUUUAUUAGGUAAACCACACAUCAAGUUAAGAAUAAAGACCAUGGAAAAGGACUGCCAAAUCGUACAUGAUAUGCUACAUGGUACGAACACAAGUGGCUUUGGUUACGAUAGUUCUAAAAUGUGUGUGACUGCCGAGGCGCCACUUUGGGAGUCUUACCUGCAGGCUUCAAAAUGGAGAAACAAACCAUUCCCUCAUUAUGAAGACUUGUCUUUUGUUUUUGGAAAAGAUCGUGCUCAUGGAAAUCAAGCAAGAGACUAUGAUGGUUUAGAAGAAAAUGUUGACAUGGAAGAUGGCCAAAUGCCUUUUCAAGAACAACAAUCUAAUGAAAACUUGGACUAUUCGACAGAAGAUAGCCAAAUGCCAAGUCAAGAGUGUACAUCUCAAGGUAAUAGAAAGCGCAAUAAGUCGAGGUGA